AUGUUGUGUAGACAACGGCUACACGUGCGUCAUAGGCGCAAAUGGGUGAGCUUAUUUAGUCACAAAGCUAUCCGAGUCCUGCUUACGAUCUUCCUCAUAUUUAUCAUCCUCAUCCCAGCAGGCACAUUGAUGAAGAUACUUAUUCACCUAUCGAUGCAACUCACCAACUAUCCUGGAGGAGUGUACGAAAUAUGGAUGUCAGGAUCCUUCACCAAUCUUAUCAAGUACUCGACGCAGAAUUCAAUACGCCAACCUUUUUCAUACGCACAACAAGUGGUUCUUGGAACGCACAAAGUCAUUUAUGCCCCAUUUCCUGUGUGCUAUCGAUCGUCUGGUUACUCUGAAACCCAUUCUCUUGUCUCCAGCCAGCUACUCUAUUAUAUGUUAUUCCCCUUUGCUGAUGAAAGGAUAUGGCAUUUCCUCUUAUGUCGACUUGAGCAUCUUCAUUUGGGUUUCUUUUUGGUUGGCAGUGUCAACAACAUAUGCUUCACCUACAAGAUUCUAAGCGACAUGUUUGACAUUAUCCUCACUGCCCAGCAGCAACCACAAGCGGACGAACGAGAACGAGAUUUACGAGGAGCACUCAUGCAACGUGCUGCAAAGUUGACAAAAGGGCUUCUUUUAACAUAUUGUUGCACGCUAGUGAUCCUCUUUUGGGCUCAUUUCAAUCUAUUUGCUUUCCAAGUUGAUACAAAGGGCGAUUCGGAUAUUUACAGCACUCGUCAAUUUUUGGUUGAACUCCCUCUCUGGAGUUUCCGUUGGGUGACUCUUGGCAUUGCAAUUCUCGACUUUGCAGUACGUAAUAUCUACGGCUCGUUAUCCAAUGUCAUUGACUGCAUUGAUGAAGAAGAAAUUGUCUCAUUGGCAGAAGAAUAG